UCCAAGUUUACAACAAGCACUUGCUCGUCCAUGGCUGCUAAAACCCUUUCAUCAUUUUCCAAGUCUCGUUGGAAUUAUGAUGUUUUCUUGAGUUUCAGAGGUAAAGAUACCCGUAAAAAUUUUACUGAUCACCUUUACUCUGCCUUGAAACAAGUCGGAAUUUACACAUUCCGAGAUGACGACGAGCUUUCUAGAGGGGAGCAUAUUUCUACAGAAUUGCUUAAAGCUAUUCAAAGAUCAAAGGUUUCCGUCGUAGUUUUCUCCAAAAGUUAUGCUUCUUCUAGUUGGUGUCUUGAUGAGCUUGUGGAAAUCUUGCGCUGUAAGAAUACUAUAGGCCAAACUCUUCUACCCAUAUUUUAUGACGUUGACCCCUCGGAGGUGCGAUAUCAAACCGGAACUUUUGCCAAAGCCUUUGCUAAGCAUGAAGACCGGUUUCAAGCGAAGAUGGAGAGGGUGCACAAGUGGAGAGCAGCUCUUACUGAAGUUGCAAGCUAUUCCGGCUGGGAUCUCCAAAACGGGUUUGAAUCAAAGUUCAUAACGAAGAUUGUUGACGAAAUUUCGCGUAAAGUGAACCCAGCUUACUUGCAUGUUGCCAAAUACCCUGUAGGAAUAGAUUCUCAUGUUAAAGAGAUAAAAGAUUUAUUAAAUCUUGGAACAAGUGAUGUUCGUACUGUGGGUAUCUAUGGGAUGGGUGGAACAGGCAAAACAACAAUAGCAAAAGCAGUUUAUAACAAAAUAUACCAUGAAUUUGAAGGAACAAGCUUUCUUUUUAAUAUCAAAGAAACUUCAAAACAACCAAAUGGUUUGAUUCAUUUGCAAGAACAACUUCUUUAUGAUAUCUUGAAAAAGAAGGAUUGGAAGAUUGGCAAUGUUGAUGAAGGAAUAAAUUUGAUUAUGAAAAGAUUUUGUCGCAAAAAAGUUCUUCUUGUUCUUGAUGACGUGGAUCGCUUGAAACAACUUCAUUCAUUAGUUGGAAACUCCGAAUUGUUUGGGCAAGGAAGUACACUCAUUGUAACAACAAGAGAUGAACAUGUGCUUACUGAACUAGGAGUAAAUGCAAAAUAUAAGGUUGAAGAAAUGAAUCAUGAUGAGUCCCUUCAACUUUUUAGUUGGCAUGCAUUCAGGAAUAUGGCCGAUCCAACAGAAGAUUACAGAAGGCUUUCACUUGAGGUAGUGAAUUAUGUUGGAGGACUUCCAUUAGCUGUUGAAGUUUUGGGUUCUUAUCUGUUAGGAAGAAGUGUUACUGAAUGGAAAAGUGCAUUGAAAAAAUUACAAAAAAUUCCUCACAAAGAGAUUCAAAAAAUACUCAAAAUAAGUUUUGAUUCACUAGAAGAUUCUGAACUGAAGGACAUAUUCCUUGAUAUAGCAUGUUUCUUUAUAGGUACAAACAAAGAAUAUGUCAACAAAUUUCUCGAUGGUUGUGGUUUUUCCCCAGAUAUUGGUAUCAGCAUUCUCAUUGACAGGUCCCUCCUGACAGUUAAUGAAAGAAAUGAAUUGAGGAUGCAUGAUUUGAUUCGCGAUAUGGGAAGGGAGAUUGUUCGCGAAAUGGCACCAAGAGAUCCAGGAAAACGUAGUAGAUUGUGGUUUCACGAGGAUGUCUUAAAUGUGCUUAACAAACAUCUGGGAUCACAAGCAAUAGAGGGUCUCAACCUAAAUCUACCUGCAUUUGAAGAAGUGGAGUUGAAAACUGAAGCAUUUGAAAAUAUGAAAAAUCUGAGAUUGCUCCAAAUUGAUGGUGCAUAUCUCACAGGAUCCUAUGAAUGCCUUUCCAAAGAGUUAAGAUGGCUUCACUGGCAUAAGUGCCAUCUGGAAUUUCUACCACCAAAUUUUCAUCUCGAGAACGUUGUUAUCCUCGACAUGCAGCACAGUAAUGUCGAACAACUUUGGAAGGAGAUCAAAAUACUUGACAAGUUAAAAGUUCUUAAUCUCAAAGGCUCUAAAUGUCUCACCCGAUCACCAAACUUUUUACAACUCCCACAUUUGGAGAUACUCAUUCUUGAAUGUUGCACAAGCUUGAUUGAGGUACAUGAGUCUAUUGGACAUUUGGAAAAACUUGUUUUAUUGAAUUUACAAGGAUGCAAGAACUUAAAAAAUCUUCCAGAAAGCAUUUCUAACUUAGGGUCUUUAGAGACUCUUAACUUGUCUGAUUGCAUAAAAAUAGACAAGUUACCAAAACAAUUGGGGAAUAUGGUUGCUUUAGAGGAGCUGCUUGUAGAUAGAACUGCUAUUAAGCAACUACCAUACUCCAUUGGUCUUUUGAAGAACCUCAAAAAUCUAUCAUUAUCGGGAUGUAAAGGGCAAUCCUCAAGAUCAUCGAUGUCACAGUCUGUGUCGUGGAUAUCACCAAAAUUCACGAAACCCAUAUAUUUGCUACCAACUUCUGUUUCUGGAUUGUGUUCUUUGACAAAAUUAAAUCUCAGUGGUUGCAAUUUGUUUGAAGAUGAGAUUCCUAUUGAUCUUGGGAGUUUAUCUUCACUCAAAUAUUUGUAUUUAUCAAGAAACAAUUUCCGUACAUUGCCUCAUUGCAUCGGUGAACUUCCUCAAUUAUAUUAUCUUUCGUUGAAGGACUGUGCGAAUCUCGAAUUAAUUUCAAAACUUCCUACAAGUUUAACAAAAUUGGAUGCAAGAGGCUGCUCAUCAUUGCAAAGACUCCCAGAUGUGGGCACAUUUUUAUGGGUACAUUUUUGCCUAAAAAGUUAUGACAGUCUAGCAUAUGAUUUCAGGAAGAGUCUUCUCCAGUACAUGUCCUUGUGUGAUAAUCAGGGCGAUGACAUUUAUUUACCUGGUUAUGAGGUUCCAAAUUGGUUCAGCCAUAAGAGAAUUGGAUCUUCGAUAUCCAUGCAUAUACCUUCUCUUCCAAAGGGUCAAAUCAAGGGGUUGCUUUCUUGUGUUGGUUUUGCACCCAAACAAGAAACAUCGCACGAGGACGACCGCGCAAAAAUCUAUUGUUACAUUAACAACAGCCUUUGGAAAUAUCACUUUUUUGGCAGUGAUGAUUUUCAUAAAGAUUAUCCUUCCUGGAGAAUCUUUAAUCCCUAUUCAUGGAUUGAAGGUCAAUUAGUAAGUGGAAUGGAAUUGAAGUUGGAGUGCGAGGGUGGGAAAUACUUUGAAGUGAAGGAGUGUGGGAUUCAUGUAAUAGUUGAUGACCCAAAUGCAAUGGAUGAAGAUAUGGAUUCUGAUACUUUGAAGAGAGGUCGUGAUCAUAAAACAAUUGAUGAUGCUGCUUUUACAUCAGCUCCUGCCUCUAUCCCUUUGACUGGGCCUGAGAUCGGGUUUCGGUUUAGGAACAAGUUUGCUCGUGAUGCUUUUCGAGAUAGGUUUCAUGACCGCACAGUUAUUGCAGAAAGGGCGAUAAACCUUUCCGACCUUCAGGAUGAUGAGUUCCAAAUCAUCUCUCGCAUCUUCACUCAGCGGCAAUGGCAAUACUUCAUCUUACCUCCUGCUCGUCCCUACAUCCAUUUGGUUCAGGAAUUCUAUGCCAAUAUUGAGCAGGAGCCAGAUACUGAUGAGGCUGAGGAUGAUUCUCCGCGAUUGGUAUCACACGUUCGGGGUGUCACCAUAGAAGUAACUCGCAAAUUGAUUGCCGAAGUCACCGGCAUUCCACUCAUUGAUGAUCCCGGGUUCCCAUUUCCGACCCAGGAAUUUCCAUCCAAGUCUGAUAUGUCCGACUUAUUUGUUCCAUCGGGCUCCUACAAACAUUGGCAUGAGGUCUUGAAUGUGCUCCCACUUGGAAAUCUCACUCCACCGGUGAAGUUGUUAGCUCAGAUAGUUAUGAGCAAUGUCUAUCCGAUUGAUCACCAUUCAGAUCUUGGUAUGGCACAAGCUCGAUUCAUUUAUGCCCUUCUCACCGAUGUCUCCAUCGAUUUUGCAUCUGUGGCUAUUCCACUCAUGAAGGCUAUGUUCUUUGAGAGCUCAGUCCCAUUGCCUUAUGGAAGCUUGAUAUCACGUAUCAUUGCCAAGUUUGUCCAAAUUCCAGCUACCGAGCCAACAAUCAAGCCUCUUCGUCCUUUCUGUAAAGCUACAGUUCGUCGAUCCCAAGCUCAGAUUUGUGUGCAAGGAACUGAAGAUAUAGUAGACACUACUGGUUCUUUUGGAGGUCCAUGUACAUCUUCCGCAGUUACUUUGGCUGAUGUGAUGACAAAGUUGGAGGCAAUGUCCACUCAAAUGAUGGGGUUUACAUCCAUCCUCACGGGAUUACAGCAGGAUGUCAACUCCUUGAAGGUUAGAUUCAUGGGCGCAUCUAGAGUGGAUAGCACGGCUGGAGAAGAUGGUGUUGAGGAACGUUCUCCAAGUGAUCCACCUGCUCGCGCAUAGUCCCUUUGU